AUCGUCCAGGCAUGAACCUUUUAAUGCAAAAACAUAGGCGAAUAGCUAAACGUAAUUUCGAGAACAAAAUGAUAAAACUUUGGGAAGAAAAAUACCAGCACCAAUACUCAUACGAAUUUUUCCUAGCUCAUAUUCGUCCUAAGUUUAAAUAUAAGAGCCCACCGGUUCCGAAAUGCAACAUGUCUACGGACAUUCCCAUUAAAAAACGUAAAAAGAAAACCAAAAAAUCCGAGCCGAUCAUUAAUAAUGAGGGAGUUUCUUACACCGGUAUCAGAUGUCCGUCUGAUGCCGAGGCUAUAGCCGAAUUGGUUCGAGUCGGUUAUACCAGAAUUCCAGGUAAUCCAUUCUUUUCUCUUUCAGGCCGUUUUUUCAUUGUACUUACAACUUGGGUGAAUUUUGCAGUUGGUGUGUCGAAAUGGCACAAGGAUGACAAGUUCGAUACUGACGGAGACGACGAGCCUGAAGCUAAGCGGUCGAGAGCCAAACGCCCAGCGAAACCAAAACCCCUUAAAGAAGCCAAGGCAAAGAAACAGAAGGUAGAGCCAAAAGGAUCUCGCCUGUUUGAUCCUUCGCCCAAGAAAUCGGACUCUUCCAAACAGGCGACUCCAUCCGCCAGCGCUCAAUCGUCAUCCAAGGGCGAGACGAAGACUGCCGAGGGUUUCCAUGUCGAAGAAGCAGAGUGCAUGCAGACUUCGGCAGAGACUAACUCCCAGCGCACUCCCACUGCAGCCCAGAUUUUGGCGAGCAUGGAGGUUCCUAAAAAGCGGUCGCCUCUCGCCCCGGAGUUGCUGAAUCUGUCCGAGAAUCUGGCCAAGAAAUCGGCUACCAAGAUUUCGAUCGCCGAUCCUUCCCUGGAGGACGAUAUGACGGCGAAGGCGGCUGCCUUUCUGAACUCGGAUAGUGACGACGAGCUGCCGAUCGUCCCAGAAGAUGGGUCGAGUAUUCUGGAGGCGAGCAAUCUUUCCGAAGAUUGGGGUGCCCAUUUCGAUGCUAUGUCCCGGAUGAAAACCCUCGGCGUUUCCUUGUUCAAAUCGCCCGAAGAGAUUGCCAGGCUAAAGAAAAUUGCCGCGGCUUUAUCUGACGCCCCUUCAGAGGUUCUCGGCGAGGAGGCCCGGGAUGCUGUGACGAGGUUAUCGGCAUCUCUUGAAGCUUUUCAGAAGAUAUACAAUGAUUCGCUGGCGGUACAAGCCGAAUAUGAAAAGCUUCUCGCCCAGGAAACCGAAGCCAAAGAAAAGCUUGAGACCUUGAAGACGAACGUGAAGAUGGCCGUUACAACCUUGACGAAUCGGCGCUCCCGGGCCAAAGAGUUGCAGGACAAGAUCGCCUCUUUGAAGGUUGAGUUAGAUGCCGAGGAGCAAGGUAUCAAAGACCUUGAAAGCUGCAUGGACAAAGACAUGGUCGAAGGCAUCAAUGUCAAAAAGUGCCGGAGCCUUCUGAAAGGGAGUAUUUCAAAGCUUGCGCCGAAGGCGGACGGGGCUCGCAAGGAAUUUAGCACCAUCCGGAGUGAAUUGGGGCUUUGUUUUUCCCAUUUUUGAACAUUUAUUAUUUCUUGUAAUCCACGUAUAUUGAUACUUUAUUGAUCGGCCAAGGGGCCGUAUC